UUACAAAACUGUCGACUUAAACGUCAAAAAUUUUAAGUUAAAGAACAUUGAAAAUAGGUUUUUAAAGUAAUAACCAAAAUGGGAGACUCCAGUUAUUCAUUGCCAACUUUUCAUACAUUGUUGCCGCGAGGAUAUAAAAAAUUUAAACUUAGUCCAAACAGUCCAUUGAAUCGCAUUUUGCAAAUAAUUUUAAUGAAACGUGAAUGCUAUAUCAAUGAUUUAUGGGAAUUGGUGGGUUUCGAGACAGUUUCCACAUGCCCAGAGAAACGAAAGGAGAUCGAAAGGGCCAUUGAUUGGAUGCUAAAACGAUUGGUGGAUUUGGAUGUUGUGGCCUUUGGUGAGCAUAUGGGAAUGCAGAUAAUGACAGAUUCCUUUCACACAGUAAAAAUGCCAAGAGUUAUUAUUGGUGUCUUCGUGCCUAGUCCAAAAAAACCAACCAUAUUGAUCUACGGCAACUUGGAUGUAGAGGAGGCCGUUGCCGAGGAGGGCUGGGGUACCAAUCCGUUUGUGAUGACCGAAUUGGGUGACUUUAUGUACGGACGAGGUGUGGCCUUGGACAAAGGUCCACUAAUGUGCUGGAUGAAUGCCCUGCAAUCGUACAAAGAUGCUGGCCUACGUUUGCCUGUUAAUUUGGUCUUCCUCAUCGAAAGUAUGGCCCAUAGCAAUAGCUUAGGCUUGGAGACGGUUUUGAGGCAACGUAUAAGUUUUUUCCGUGAAGUAUCCUGUGUGGUAAUGGCCACGCGCCGCUGGCAAAGUGACCUUAAGCCGUGCAUUGUAUACGGUUCACGGGGAUUGGUCUACUAUCACUUGGAGGUUCAGUGUGCCAAGAAGGAUUUAAGCAGUUGUGAGCAUGGUGGCACCAUAUAUGAAGCCCUACCCGAUCUCAUGUAUCUUCUUAGCUCUUUGGUUAACUCGCAAAUGCAAAUACUCGUUGAGGGAGCUACCGAUGCCUACGCCCUGGACUCAAAUAUUGUGCGCUGUACUGAAUUCGAUUAUAUUGAGUUCGGUCAGAAUCUUCAUGUGAAGAGUCUGCCGAAUAGUAGACAAAAGAAUACGGCUCUAAAUAAUAACUGGGCAUUGACACAUCUCUCCAUACAUGGCAUUGAGGGUGCCAAUGCGGAGCAUGAUGUACGUUUCAUAAUACCGCACAAGGUGAUUGGAAAGUUUUCCGUUUCUUUGGCCCCCAAUCAGCGGGCUAGUGAUGUGACUCAUGCUUUACAAAAGCAUUUGGGUAAUGCUUGGACAGAUCGUGGGUCACCAAAUAAGAUGCAAUUAUGCGAAAAAUUUAUUAUACCCUCGUGGCAUGGAGAUUGUAAUACACCUGAAUAUCAGGCAGCGACUCGAGCCAUACAGCAAACUUACAAUGCGACACCAAAUUUUAUACGUGAUGGCGGCUCUAUGUUGGCGCCAUCGAUCUUUCAAGAGGUUCUUGGCAAAAAUGUCCUUGUACUGCCAAUUACCGAGAAUGAUAAUGGUGGAUGUCCGAUUAAUGAGCGACUUACGGUGAUGAACUAUAUCAAGGGUACUCAGUUGAUGGCAAACUUUCUGUGGGAAUUCUCACAUCCCUCACAGGAAAGCGAGGUGACACCGGAAUGUGUGCCACAUGUCUGAGUUUCCUUGAUUUAGUCCCAGUCGAAGCAAUCGCCACGAAGUAGUCUCAAAACUGCUUUGUUCUAUACCGUCAACACUAAACACUCACGUCAGCCAAUAAAUCCACUUCAGUUCACAA